AUGCGUCGCUUCUACCAAGACAAUCGCCGCGUCCCGCUGGGGAUGAUGCUGGUGACGGUCUCACUCUUCAUCUACCAUUUUGCCCUCGAUCGCCCAUCAUGGGUCUCCUCGACUGUCUACAGCACGCAAUCACCAUAUCAAGCAGGCGGAGCCACCGUAGUUGUGCAUCCGUCGCCGCCUUUUAUCGCUGAGGAUGAGACCACCCCCGCUCCGCAACAACCCGCUCUCUCAGCGGUUGCUUCCUCUACUCCCUCCAUCUCUGCAACCUCCACAACGUCAUCUCUCACCGUCAACGACGUUGUGCUCAUGUUCAAAACCGGCGCCUCCGUGCUCUGGAAACGCGUCCCCAUCCACCUCACCACCAGCCUCUCCCCGACCCGCAUCCCCUCCGCCAACGUCCUCCUCUACUCCGACAGCCCCGAAACCAUCGGGCCAUACACCUUCGUCGACAUCCUGGCCAACACGACCAUCAACGAUCCCGAAAUCGCCCUCCCCUACCACCAACAAGCGGAUCACGACUUCCGCCAGAAUUACGCCGAGAUCAACAACGUCUACCCGGGCGACAACCCCGGCCCCGCCGGUGGCUGGAAGCUCGACAAGUACAAAUUCGUGCCGCUGGUGCAGCACGCCGGCCGCGCCCGCCCGGACGCCAAGUGGUACAUUUUCAUGGAAGACGACGCCUACCUCUUCCUGCCCAACCUCGUGGCACACUUAGAUCGCUUCGACCCCCAGAAACCCUGGUACCUGGGCAGUGUCGCCUGGAUCCACGGGGACUAUUUUGCGCACGGCGGGUCCGGGUUCGCGAUCUCGCGCAAGGCGUGGGAGAUGGCGUUUGGGGACCACAGCCCCCAGAACAUUGAGCAGAAAUACGCCGAGUUCACGGCGCAGCAUGGCUGCGGGGACCAUAUCCUGGGCCACGUGCUGAAGGAGAGCGGCGUCGCCUUCGGGGAGCACCCGGAGGCGGAGGAGAGCCGGUUCAGCUACGGGUUCAACCCCGAGGCGCACUGGACCAGCUGGUACGAGCCGGAGAACUGGUGCAAGCCAGUCUUCAGCUGGCAUCAUACGCACAACCGCGAUGUGGCCCGGCUGUACGAGCUGGAGACGCGGUGGGGCGACGUGGCGUCGGCCAAGGGGCCCAUUUGCUAUAAGGAUGUGUAUGAGGCGAUGGUGCUCCCGUAUUUGCGGGAGCGUGUAGAGUGGUGGGAGAACGGUGCUGCGAAAUAUGAUAUCCGCUCCAGUAAUGUUAAUGGAGUGGUGGCGCCGGAGUCGGUCACCAAGCCGCAGGCUUGGAAGGAGGCCUGGAUGUCGGUGGACAAGUGUGAGGCUGCCUGCGUCGCCUGGGGGGAUUGUGUGCAGUGGAGCUUCUACGAGGAUCGGUGCAUGCUUGAUAGUAUGAUCCGACUGGGCAGCGGAAUCCCCGAGGGCGACGCCAGACGGCAGAGCUCGUUGCCGUGGACCAGUGGGUGGUUAACGAGGCGAGCCGAGCAUUGGAACUCGGCGUGUAGUCAGUAG